AUGCCAUCCACAACGAUACAUAAGUAUGUGGUCCUCGGACUGCAGACUUUAGCCACGCUGCUAGCCUUGGUGCUAAUAUCCUUUGGAAUCUACGUGGUGGUAUCCUACGAUCUUGAUGAAGUCGGUUCCUUAUCGGCCUAUGCCUACGUGGGCUUGGGAGUGUCCGCCGUGGUGAUUGUAUUUUGUGGAUACUUCUCUGCUCGUCAAGAAAAGUUAUGCUGCUCCGUCACUCUUACUGUGCUGCUUGGCCUAGUCAUCGUUGCUCAGGCUGUUGCCGUCUAUUUGUUAUUCUACCGUCACGAUAAUAUAGCAUCCCAUUUGUCAAAUCCCCUGGAAGCCACUUGGAAGGAGGAGCUAAAGAGUCCAGGGGCCAUGUCCCUCUACCAAAAUCGGUUCCAAUGCUGUGGCCGCAGUAGUCCCCAGGAUUAUAUCGUAAACGAUAGAUUACCUCCAGACACCUGUUUCCGAGACCAUGACAAGACCAAACCCGAGAAUCUGCUUGACUCUGGAUGUCGGGUGGAGUUCGAGAACUACUGGCUGAAGUUGUUAACCAUUUUCAACGUUCUGGCUUGUGUUCUUAUUGGUGUCGAGCUUUCUUUGAGUGUUAUAUCUUGCUAUACGAUGCGAAACGAUGCACGUCGCACUUACUAUACAAAAACUAGUAACACCGAACCUAAUGGCGGAGAUAUCUGCUAUGAAACAAAUGGAAAUACUUUCAUGCUAACAUGAUCUGACCAUAUUUAUAAAUAUUAUAUUUUUUUACCUGACAAUGCAUAGCAUCUAAACAAGUUGUACUAAAUUCACAGUUCCUCACAUCAGUAUUAACAUCGGAACAUUUAUAAAAAAAUAA